CUGUGUGUGUUUGUGUACUGACUUCAGAUCAGAACACGAGUGUUCGUUUAGAGGAAGAGGAGGACCCAGUUGUGUGUCUCUGAAGACUGACCGGACUAAAGAUCCUGCUAUGAACUUCAGAAAUGAAGCUGGACCCUCAGACUCAAAAUUGGGGGGCUGCAAAUUGUCAGCGAUCAGCUGUGCUUCUCUGGCCUCUGCUCUGGCGUCCAACCCCUCCCAUCUGAGAGAACUGGACCUGAGUAAUAACUUCGAGCUGCAGGAUAAAGGAGUGGAGCAGCUGUGUGGUCUUCUGGAGAGUCCACUCUGCAGACUGGAGACUCUGAGAUUGGGGGGCUGCAAUUUGUCAGUGAUGAGCUGUGCUACUCUGGCCAUGGCUCUGGCGUCCAACCCCUCCCAUCUGAGAGAACUGGACCUGAGUAAUAACUUAGAGCUGCAGGAUUCAGGAGUGGAGCUGCUGUGUGGUUUUCUGGGGAGUCCACUCUGCAAAUUGGAGACUCUGAGAUUGGGGGGCUGCAAUUUGUCAGUGAUGAGCUGUGCUACUCUGGCCAUGGCUCUGGAGUCCAACCCCUCCCAUCUGAGAGAACUGGACCUGAGUAAUAACUUAGAGCUGCAGGAUUCAGGAGUGGAGCUGUUGUGUGGUUCUCUGGAGAAACCACUCUGCAGACUGGAGACUCUGAGAUUGGGGGGCUGCAAUUUGUCAGUGAUGAGCUGUGCUACUCUGGCCUCUGCUCUGGAGUCCAACCCCUCCCAUCUGAGAGAACUGGACCUGAGUAAUAACUUAGAGCUGCAGGAUUCAGGAGUGGAGCUGCUGUGUGGUUCUCUGGGGAGUCCACUCUGCAAAUUGGAGACUCUGAGAUUGGGGGGCUGCAAUUUGUCAGUGAUGAGCUGUGCUACUCUGGCCAUGGCUCUGGAGUCCAACCCCUCCCAUCUGAGAGAACUGGACCUGAGUAAUAACUUAGAGCUGCAGGAUUCAGGAGUGGAGCUGUUGUGUGGUUCUCUGGAGAAACCACUCUGCAGACUGGAGACUCUGAGAUUGGGGGGCUGCAAUUUGUCAGUGAUGAGCUGUGCUACUCUGGCCUCUGCUCUGGAGUCCAACCCCUCCCAUCUGAGAGAACUGGACCUGAGUAAUAACUUAGAGCUGCAGGAUUCAGGAGUGGAGCUGCUGUGUGGUUCUCUGGGGAGUCCACUCUGCAAAUUGGAGACUCUGAGAUUGGGGGGCUGCAAUUUGUCAGUGAUGAGCUGUGCUACUCUGGCCAUGGCUCUGGAGUCCAACCCCUCCCAUCUGAGAGAACUGGACCUGAGUAAUAACUUAGAGCUGCAGGAUUCAGGAGUGGAGCUGUUGUGUGGUUCUCUGGAGAAACCACUCUGCAGACUGGAGACUCUGAGAUUGGGGGGCUGCAAUUUGUCAGUGAUGAGCUGUGCUACUCUGGCCUCUGCUCUGGAGUCCAACCCCUCCCAUCUGAGAGAACUGGACCUGAGUAAUAACUUAGAGCUGCAGGAUUCAGGAGUGGAGCUGCUGUGUGGUUCUCUGGGGAGUCCACUCUGCAAAUUGGAGACUCUGAGAUUGGGGGGCUGCAAUUUGUCAGUGAUGAGCUGUGCUACUCUGGCCAUGGCUCUGGAGUCCAACCCCUCCCAUCUGAGAGAACUGGACCUGAGUAAUAACUUAGAGCUGCAGGAUUCAGGAGUGGAGCUGUUGUGUGGUUCUCUGGAGAAACCACUCUGCAGACUGGAGACUCUGAGAUUGGGGGGCUGCAAUUUGUCAGUGAUGAGCUGUGCUACUCUGGCCUCUGCUCUGGAGUCCAACCCCUCCCAUCUGAGAGAACUGGACCUGAGUAAUAACUUAGAGCUGCAGGAUUCAGGAGUGGAGCUGCUGUGUGGUUCUCUGGGGAGUCCACUCUGCAAAUUGGAGACUCUGAGGUUGUUGGGCUGCAGUUUGUCAGAGAUCAGCUGUGCUUCUCUGGCCUCUGCUCUGAAUUCCAACCCCUCCCAUCUGAGAGAGCUGGACCUGAGUGGAAACAACCUGCAGGAAUCAGGAGUGAAGCAGCUGUCUGAUCUUGUGGAGAGUCCCCUCCACAGACUGCAGACUCUGAGCUGGAAGUGAUCUCUGUGAAAGUGGAGAUGAUCCAGAGAGGUUGAAGCAGCAGCAGCCUGUGUGUGGAGACGCUCUGACUGGACCGUGUUACUGGGAGGAAGAGGAAGAGGCGAGCUUCAUCCAGCAGUGACUGACAGAGGAAUCACAGCAGGUGGAGAUGACUGUCAGUGCUGCAGUCUGCUCUGAGAUCAGCUCCACUCUCAGACACAGUGUCAGGUCUGGCAUCAUCCCCCUGAUGUAUUCCUCCUGAUGUGAGCCAGCAUCAUCAGAGUGUGUGUGGACAGCUCUGUCCUUCACUCUCUGCAAACACACUGAGACUCCUCCACUCCUUCUGCUCCACACUCAGCCCCCUCCUCCACCUGGAACCUCCACCUGGAUUUGAUUUUGUCUUUUGGAUGUUUCCCUCUGAUUUUCUGAACCCAAACCAAUCACCAAUAAGUUCUGAUAAUGACGAUAAACUUUUAUUGAUAUUUAAUAUUCAUCUCUACAUAUUUUGAUUGUGCUUUCAGUUUUGAAAGAAACAAAUCACUUUGGAUUUUCAUGGAUCCCCUCCCUGGUAUUUCACACGUGGUGGAGUUCUUUCUGCUUGUUUUAUAGAUGAGUGAGAAAUGUAUUCCUACAUGUCUCAGAGUAGGGUGAUGCAUGAGACUGACAGAGGUGUUCAUACGGCAGAAGUUUUAUCAAAGGCUAGGAAAGCAGACUGGCUGAAAACGACCCAGCUGCAGUUACUGACUGCCAAAUGUGAACAGGUGAACAACAAAUUAAUUUACAGACUAAAGCCAUGGAAAUUGUUGAGUAAACAUGAAUCCUGCACUUUGCCAUUUUGAUUCCUAUUUUUUUUAAGUAAAUCAGAUAUGGUGACGUAUUGCUAUAGAACCGUUUAACAGUAUAUAUUAUUGCUGUCUUGUGAUGAGGGAUGCAACUGUUAGUGAUUUUGGUGGUAUGAUUAUUGUCAGAGAAAUAAUCACGGAUUCACGAUGAUCCCGAUUAUUACGCCUGAAUUCAAUUUAGCAUUUUUAAAAGGGUCCUUCCCCAGAAAACUUUGAGCACCAAACAUGUUCUUUGCGUUCUGGAGUAUUCUUCUGCACCCGUUUAUCAUGAAACUGUCUAGAGGAGGAAUUAUUUCAUUUAAAGGAUUCAUGUCUGGAACUUCCUGGAUGAAUGUUACAUUUCAUAUUCCAGAAGAUUCAAAGAGUCAUCAUUCAAAAGAUGAGUGUGGUCUGAAUAGCUCAUUUCUCGAUGUCCUCUCACUGUGAGGGGGAUGAAUUUUUUUUCUAACGCGGCAAUUUCGAAGAUAUUGAGAUUACUAGUCUUCCAAUGAGAGGCACAGCUGACUGUGGGAACACUGCAGCUGUUGGCUAGGAGGCUCAAAGCCCGCCUCUUUACAUCACACUGGCUCGACAGAAGCAAUAUGGCUGCCACUGCCGAUUGGCUUCAAAACAGCGUUCAGAAACAGAUGGGUGACGUCACGGAUACUACGUCCAUAUUUUAUAUAGUCUAUGGUUUGAAAACAGUUCUUAAUAUGUCAAGCUGUUAACGUGAGCUGACUGAAGCCUGUCAGCUUGUUAUGAGCUCUCACCUCUGUCUCUCUCUGCCUCAGUCAAUAUUGGGUCAGAACACAUUUUUGAUUCUAUAAUUAUCAACAUGUUUUCUUCUACAAUACUUGUUCAUGUCCAAGCUUUUUGAUAACAUGCUGACGCACUGUAACCAAGACGUGAGCGUGAUAAUGAUUGAAUAAUUAAACAGACCGUGUUUACACAA